AUGGCUGGCCGGGCUGCGUCAGGGGCCGCGCCUGCGGUCCGCGGCGGACGGCCCCUCGCGGGCCACGCGACGAUUUCCGGGGCGAAAAACUCGGCGCUGGCUCUCAUGGCAGCUGCGCUCCUCGCGCGCGGGCCCGUCGACCUCCACAACGUCCCGAACCUCGCGGACGUCGAGGUCAUGGCGCGCAUCCUCCGCAGCCUCGGCGCGCGGGCCUCGUACGCCCCGGCGCGGUCCCCCACAGCCAGCGGCUGCCUCUCUGUCGACGCCACGGCUCUCGCGUCCGCCGCGCCGCCCGCGCACGAAGCCGCGCGCCUCCGCGCGUCGUUCCUCGUCAUCGGGCCGCUCCUCGCGCGCCUCGGCGAAGCGCGCGUGCCGCUCCCCGGCGGCUGCGACAUCGGGUCGCGGCCUGUCGACCUCCACGUCGCCUCCCUGCGCGCUCUCGGCGCGCACGUCGACGUGGACCUCGUGGGCCGCGAGGUCCGCGCGCGGCUGCCCGCCGGCGGCCUCCGCGGCGCGCGCGUCGCGCUGCGGUACCCGUCCGUCGGCGCCACGGAGACGACAAUGAUGGCGGCGGCGGCGGCGCGCGGAACGACGGUGAUCGCGAACGCGGCGCGGGAGCCCGAGAUCGAGGACCUCGCGCGGCUGCUGACCGCGAUGGGCGCGCGCGUGGCCGGCGCGGGCACGCGCACGGUCACCGUGGACGGCGUCGCGGGCGGGCCCACCACCGACGCGCACCGCGGGCUCUCUUCCGCGGAGCUGCGCAUCAUCCCGGACCGCAUCGAGGCCGGGACGUUCCUCGUCGCCGCGGCCGCGACGGGCUCGCCGCGCCUGGACGUCUCGCCCGUCGUCCGCGGCCACAUCCGGCCGUUGACGGACGCGUUGGAGCGCAUGGGGUGUAUUGUGGCCAUGCGGGGGGAGUCGGUCGUGGGGAUCCGGUGCCCGCGGGACCCUGCGCGGCUGCGCGGCGUCGAGAUCGACACGGGGCCGUUCCCUGGGUUCCCGACGGACAUGCAGCCCCAGGUGAUGGCGUUGAUGGCGCUGGCGGGGUCGCCGUCGGUGCUGCGUGAGACGGUGUUCGAGGCGCGGAUGCGGCACGCGGCGGAGCUGGUGCGGAUGGGCGCGGAGAUCGCGGUGGAGGCGGAGGGCGUGGCGCGGAUCGCGGGCGGGGCGCGGCUGAGGGGGGGGUGUGUUGCCGCGGGGGACCUGAGGGCCGGCGCGGGGCUGGUGAUCGCGGGGAUGGCGGCGGAGGGCGAGACGCUGGUCGGGGGCGUCGAGCACAUCGACCGCGGGUACGAGCGGCUCGACGCGAAGCUCGCGGCGCUGGGGGUGGACGUGCGGCGCGUCACGGUGCAGUAG